AUGAAGUUCAAGACGGCGAGCGGCCAGAACAUACCCGACUAUUGGCCGAUUCGGCUCAAGGGUACGACCUCGAGCGGCAACUGUGCCACACUUUGCGGCCGCCUUGCAGAUGUGCACCGAGUGCUUGGAUCGGCCUCGGAUAUCUGCCGAUCCCACCACGCCGUUCUUGGAGAGAACGGUGGUUACCUUAUCCCGAAGGGGAACGAAUUCGGAAAGGAUUUCGAUGGAAUGAUGAGGAAGCUGCUCAAGAAGCACCGCAGCAACCCGAAGAGCGCUACGAAGCUCCACGUGCGACGUGGGGUUUACGUCUUUGACCUUGCCUGCGCGGCCCUUUUGCGGGGCUGCAAGACGCGUAAGGCCAAGGGUGAGAGGAAUGAAGGAGAAGAGGAAGGAGAAGAAAGGAUCGAAGGAAGAAUGGAGGAGCCAGAAGACGCGCCCGGAGAAGAACAAAGGAAGGUGAACGUUCCUUUGGGGCCGUCUCAGCCCACCGCGAGGGAGAUCGCGGAACACGAAGCGAGUGGACACGCGGUCCACAGAAGCUGGUGCGUGCACUGCAUGCGCGCCAGGGGAAAAGUGCAAAGCCAUCCGAGAACGGAUCGUUCUGGAGAGGGCGAAGUGCCAGCCCUCCAUGCUGACUACUUCUUUCUGGGUAGCAGCAAGGAACGUGAUGAUAUCAUGCCACAUCUGGUGGUACGAUGCGACAGAACCAGAAGAACGUGGACAACAGCGUUGCCGCAGAAGGGCGUGACACCUUUCAGCACAAACUGGUUUUGUUCUAUCGUGCGGGAAGCCGGUUGGAAGCGCAUGGUGUUGUUUUCGGAUAACGAGCCAGCGCUCGUUGCACUGAAGCAAGCAGUGGUGGAAAACGUAAAGGACGUGGAGAUCACUCUGAAGGAGUCUCCGACCUCGACGGAUGAAGAGAACGCGCCGAGCAAUGGCAUUGCUGAGUCUGCUGUUCGGGAAGUCAAGCGAAUGAUCAGGGCUAUACUCUCAGACCUCGAGAGCAAGCUCAAGAUCAAGGUGGACCCGAACCACAGCGUACUGACUUGGAUAGCCAGACACGCGGCGUUCCUUCUGACAAGGUUCAGACUUGGAGAUGAUGGAAAGAGUGGUUACCAACGUGCUGUUGGAAGAGAGUGGAGAAGGCCGACAGUGGUGUUUGGGGAACAGAUCCUGUUCAAGCCUGUGGGUGCCAUGGGCAAGAAGAGGAGUUCACCUUUGGAGCCACGGGUGGCCAUGGGACGCUAUGUGGGUACAGCGAGCAGGAACACGGACCUCCUCGUGAUGACGCCCACUGGUGUUGUGAAGGGACACUCUUUACACCGAAGGCCGGAGGAAGACCGUUGGUCGAAGGAGGGGUUCGACCAGUUGAGAGGUUUGCCGUGGAAGUGGACCAACCCAGUUGAGCGAGCACCGCCCAACCGUGUGGACAUGCCAGAGCUUGUUGGUGAACAGCCUGUUCCAGACCCUAAAGAAUAUAGGGCGAGGAACCUCUACGUGCUCAAGAGCGACGUGGAAAAGUACGGCUACACCACCUUGUGUCCAGGGUGUGAAGCGUUGAUGCUGGGAUUGCCACAACGGAGCCACAACCCCGAGUGUCGGCUCCGCAUCCAAAGGCACCUCGUGGAAACCGAGGAAGGAAAGCAAAGGGUGCAAAGAGCACUCGACAGGCAAGAGAAAGACUACUCCACGAAAGCGCGGAAGAAGCGAAAGGCCGAAGAACAACCUGUUCUAGAAGGUCAACCUGCUGAUGGUGAAAUCGCUGCUGAAGAAGCAGCCGGUGCGCCACUUGAGCGCCCUAGCCAAAUGCAGGACGACAGCUCUGCUCAGCGGACCCAGAAGCGCGAGGCAGAGCAGCACGUCGAGGACCUUUACAGGGAAGAGCAGGACACCGACGAGCCCGAAAUCGUCAGAGCGAACCUCCAAGGCGGCGUGGACGUCAAGGCCUCUGUUCCUCUGAACGAGGGACUGUGUCUCAGCGUUGAAGACAAAGGCUGGAAGCUUCAAAAGCAGGACGAAGGUGAAGCCUUGUUCAAGAAGCUAGAAGCUGAGAAGCCAACGCUACUUGUGGGACUACCGCCUGAUGGUCCGUUUGCGGGAGUGCAAAGAAGCUACAACUCCCUCCAGAAGGCGAAGAAAGAAAAAGAGAAAGAAGUGCUGGAAGCAGGGAGAAAACAGGUGAGGACCUGCGUCGCAGCCUACCAAUACCAAGUGGGACAACAGAAGUACUACCUUCAAGAGUGCCCCAAGGGAGCAAAGUCUUGGGAGCACACUCAGUACCAACAACUGAGUGAAGAGUCCUACGUGGUUGAAGGGACAAUGUGCAGGUGGACUGUGGACAACAGCGGAGGAAACCUCCAAGGAGCGAACUUCAAGAAGAAGACUCGCUGGAUCACGAACUCCGCUGCCCUAGCUGCAGCAUUGAGGAAAGUGUGUACACAAGGACCGAAGGAAAGAGUUUGGCAAAGAGACUUCACGUUCGAGGAGGGGAAGGUUGCAGCGAGGCUGCGCUAUCCUCCCAAGCUAGCUCAUGCGAUUGCCAAGGGCAUUCGAGCGCAGUUGGUGCUCGAUGGUGAGCUUCAAGCAAUCGGUUCUGUGGCUGGGCCUGAUCCACACGAAGAGCCGAACUUCGAAGAGCAUCACUACGACACCCUGCCGAAAUGUUGA